UUCGUCUCCCGUUUUUUCUGUUUCUUCUUCACAUUCCAAAAAUAUUUCUCAUAUAAAUCUCUUAUUCCUUCCUACCAAAAUUUUCAGAGAAAAAAACUGAUUCACUCGAACACCAUUUUUUCUCUCUAUUUUAUCCCUUUUAUCCUUCUUUUUAUCUUAUUAUUAUAAACUUCUCCAAGUUUUCAAGAUGCAGAUUCUCUCUUUCUCUCUCUCCGCCAUUCUCUUGAAAAUUUAGGUAUGGGUAUACCAUUUUUUCACACUUAUCCGGAAUGAAUAUAGUAUAUUUUUAUGGAAAUAUUGAGUUCAUGUUGACUGCUGAAAUGUCAGAGAGAAAGAGAAAUGGGUUAUCUGGGUUUUGAAGGUUUGGGCUGUUUCUUGUUGAUUUGGAGUUGUUUUUUAUCUAAGGACUAAGGUCAGCAUGGCUACCCCUGCACCACCCCUGAAUUGUCCAAAGCCCAUGAAGGCUACCUCUAAUGGAGUAUUCCAAGGGGACGAUCCAUUAGAUUAUGCACUUCCUCUUGCCAUUGUACAGAUAUGUUUAGUACUUGUACUCACCCGAGUCCUUGCCUAUCUUCUCCGUCCAUUGAGACAACCACGUGUCGUUGCUGAGAUUAUUGGAGGAAUUUUACUAGGUCCAUCCGCUCUAGGUCGCAGUGAGAAGUAUCUGCACGCAAUAUUUCCACCAAAGAGCCUAACAGUGUUGGAUACUUUAGCCAACUUUGGUCUCCUUUUCUUUCUUUUCCUGGUUGGGUUGGAGUUGGAUCCAAAGUCUCUUCGUCGGACUGGGAAGAAAGCUCUAUGUAUUGCCAUUGCUGGAAUCAGUGUCCCCUUUGUAUUAGGAAUAGGAACAUCCUUUGCUCUCAGAGCAACUAUAUCACAAGGGGUUAAUCAAGGUCCUUUUUUGGUGUUCAUGGGAGUGGCCCUCUCUAUCACUGCCUUUCCUGUAUUGGCUCGUAUUCUAGCUGAACUCAAACUUUUAACAACAGAUGUUGGUCGAAUGGCCAUGUCUGCUGCAGCAGUCAAUGAUGUGGCUGCAUGGAUUUUACUUGCUCUUGCCAUUGCCCUCUCAGGUAAUGGUAGUUCACCCUUUAUUUCGCUUUGGGUCCUUUUGUCCGGGGCUGGUUUUGUGCUACUCUGCAUAUUCAUUGGUCCUCCUAUAUUCACCUGGAUGGCUAAACGUUGUUCGGAUGGGGAGCAUGUAGAUGAGAUAUAUGUGUGCGCCACACUGGCAGCAGUUUUGGCUGCAGGAUUUGUCACUGAUAGUAUUGGUAUUCAUGCCCUAUUUGGGGCUUUUGUGCUUGGAGUUCUUGUACCAAAGGAAGGACCAUUCGCAGGCGCACUAGUGGAAAAAGUUGAGGAUCUUGUAUCCGGUUUAUUCCUUCCACUCUACUUUGUCUCCAGUGGACUGAAAACAAAUGUUGCCACUAUUCAGGGGGCUCAAUCAUGGGGUCUUCUUGCUCUUGUUAUAUUUACAUCAUGCUUCGGGAAGAUUGUUGGCACGAUUGUGGUCUCACUCCUUUGCAAGAUGCCUGUACAGGAGGCUCUGACUCUUGGCUUCUUGAUGAACACUAAAGGUUUAGUCGAGCUCAUUGUUCUCAAUAUUGGCAAAGACAGAGGGGUACUGAAUGAUCAAACAUUCGCCAUCAUGGUGUUGAUGGCUCUCUUCACAACAUUCAUCACAACUCCUAUUGUGAUAUCAAUAUACAGGCCAGCUAAACUAGCUGUGACUAAAUACAAGCAUAGAACCAUAGAGAGGAAAGACAUGAGCAAACAAGUCCGAAUCUUGUCAUGUUUCUACAGCACAAGAAACAUUCCCACACUGAUUAAUCUCAUUGAAGUUUCUCGGGGAACUGCGAAAAAGGAAGGACUUCGCGUCUAUGCCAUGCACCUUAUGGAGCUUUCUGAAAGGUCAUCAGCAAUCUUGAUGGUCCACAAGGUUAAAAGGAAUGGGCUGCCCUUCUGGAAUAAUAAAGGGGAGGAUUCGGAUUCUAACCAAGUAGUGGUUGCUUUUGAGACAUUUGAGCACCUUAGCAAAGUAUCCAUUCGACCAACAACAGCAAUCUCUCCCAUGAACACCAUGCACGAGGACAUAAUUACUAGUGCCGAGAACAAGAGGGUAGCCAUGAUAAUCCUCCCGUUCCACAAGCACCAGCGACUUGAUGGACACUUUGAAACCACCAGAUCUGAUCUAAGGCAUGUGAACCGCAAAGUUCUUCAGCAAGCACCAUGUUCAGUUGGCAUAUUAAUAGACCGAGGUCUUGGUGGAGCAUAUCAUGUACCCGCUAGCAAUGUCGACUUUACAAUAACUAUCUUGUUCUUCGGAGGCCAUGAUGACCGUGAAGCACUUGCUUAUGGAGUCCGCAUGGCUGAACACCCCGGUAUUACACUAGUCGUGGUGCGUUUUGUUGUUGACCCCGUGGUUGUUGGGGGCAGUGUCAAGCUAAAAAUGAACCAGAACUCCAGUCCCGAGGUUCAACCACAGGACGAAGUUGUAAUUUCCAGCUUGAAAGAUAAAAUCUCAAACGAUGGAUCGAUCAAGUACGAAGAGAGGACAGUUAAGGAUGCUACAGAACUUAUUGAAGCAAUAAAAUCAUAUAGCAAGUGCAAUCUAUUUCUUGUUGGAAGAAUGCCUGAAGGACAAAUUGUUGCAUCUUUGAACAAAAACAGUGAAUGUCCAGAAUUGGGACCUAUCGGAAACUUGUUAAUAUCGUCUGAGUUUUCGACAACUGCCUCUCUUUUGGUGGUGCAGCAGUAUCGCAGCCAGUUAUCGCAAGACGCGUUGAAUUCUUUGGAGGAAGGAGAGACAUCAGAUGGAAAUGAAUCUAACUAAAACAGUUAAAAUUGCUCUUAUUUUAACUUAAUUUUCACAAGUAUACAAUGUAUAAAAAUCAUAAUAAUCAUAUUAGAAAUGAGGGAAUUGCCAAAAAAGGAAAGUUUUAAAAAUGUAUAUAUAGUUUGGCAUUUCCCUCAGUUUUACCUUCUGCACUAGUGUUAUUAUGCAAAGCUGUAGAAUACUAAUUUCCUGUAUAUUUUCAUUAAUGCAUCUCAAUUAUCUGUA